AUGGACAGUUCAAGCGAUCAUUUCGAUAAGAAUGAUAAUCAAUACUCAGAUGAAGUGGAGAAUAUGGAUUAAGUUGACGAUUUAUAAUAGGAAUAGAUUGAUACUAGUACUAAUAUCACUCAAAAUUCUAGUAGGAAAGCUUAUAAAGGAAAUUUUGCUUCCGCUAAGGAUGAUGAAUACGGAUGUCCUUAUGGAGCUUGUGGAAGGAAAUUCGUCAGCACUGAUCUGCUUAAGCAGCAUAUCGAAAGGAGACAUGCUCCAAAUAUAUCACCCAAGAAAGCCUAGACUAUCCCCAGAGAUCAAAUUAUCCUCAGUACUGCUCCUCUUGCUUAAAAGAAAGAUAUACAGCCUAAGAAAUUUUAGGAAGAUAAGUUUAAUCAAAGUAAAAUGGGCUUUUUCUAAGCUGCGCCAAGACCAGUUACCAGUCAUGGAAGACAGAAUCCCUAAAUGUCUUCUCAAUAAGCAUAAAUUCUAAGAGAUAUGAUGGGUGGCGCUGGCUCUCAUUAUGCUCGGAGACCCCAAACAGCAGCAACAACUACCAAGAAAGAUGAAUAAAGAAUUAAGAAAAAGAUAUUCACUUUAGAGAUGAUCGAAAGGAAAAUUGAGGAAGAUAUUGAAGAGUUUAACAAUAGGAAAAAGAUUAUACUGAGAGAGAAAAAUAUUGAGAUAUUUGAUGAUAAUAAGCAGGAUGGGUUUAAGGUUGAGGACCUUGUGAAUUGUGAGGCAAUAUAUGCUACCCAUAAUUUGAUCAAAGACAUAUUUGGCAUUUGCUAAAUUUCAACCCUCGUCGAACUAAAUUUAAGUUUCAACUAAAUCUCAGAUAUUCAGAAUCACAUUCUAGUUAUUGAUCCAUUAAAGAGUUUAUCUAAAUUGGAGGUUCUGGGACUCUUUAACAAUGAAAUUUUCAACGACAAAAAAGCAAUAGAUGUUAUUGAAAAAUUAUCAAAUCUGAAAGAGCUCUCUAUAGAUGGAAAUCCAGUAACAACUAAAUAUAGUUCUAAUAUCUUUUAGGUUUCAUCAAAUGUGAGAUUUAAGUAUGAGAUAACAAUGAGACUUAAAAGGCUAGAAGUACUAGACGAAGAUCAAAUUAAGGAACUAGACAGAGAUAUAGCUGAAUAGUUUUUCAUUCAGAAUAAGAGUAUUAUAAAGAAAUCAAUUGAAUCUCAGUAAAAUGAUGGCAGCCAACAGCAAUAAUUUGCAGAAGAUAGAGAUGUAUUAAAGGAAAACCAGUAAUAGCCCUUAAAGACUAAAAAGUCUGUAAAAUUCUAGAAACAGAGUAUUGAUGAUGAUGGAAAUACCUGGAUGCAUGAUGAAAUUAAAAAGCUUGAAGCCAAAUGCGCUGAGCUUAUAGUAGAAAAUGAAGAUUAUAAGGUGAAAUUGUAGCAAAAGCACUACGAAUAGGUGUAUAAAGAAAAUCAAAGACUUAAACUUGAGCUUAAAAAUAUGUAUAUAAUCGAGGAAGAGAAUCGUGACCUCAGAGAGGAGUAUGAAAGUCUAAAGUCUUUGACUUAUGAUGAUAAGGUGAGAGAUCUAGUUGAAGAGAAUAAAAAUCUAAAAAAAAGAAAUGGCAUGCUAUUGAUUUAGCAAUCUGAUCUUGAAUAGAGAAUCGUGUAAUUGGAGAAGACAAAGCAAUAGGAGAUACUGGAUUACUAGAGAGAUAUGAGGUCUAACAUAGCAAUCUAAAGACCUUCCACAAGUGCAGGAGCAUUUAUGAGGAAAAAGGAGGAUAUGGUGAUGGUUAACGAAGAUUUCUUGGCAUUACAGGAAUCCGCCUAGGAUGAAUUUGACAAAGAGCUGGAUGAAUUAAUAAUGAAAAACUAGCAAAGACUGACUGAAUUGCAGAAUGAUGUCAAGGAGGUUAGUAAAAUAGUUGGUGAGCCAGUAGUUAACGUGAGAAAAUUGAAAUCAAUUAGAGCUGUCAAGGGGGCAACAAAAACAGUUACCAUUAAGUCGACUUAAAAUAACGAUAGAGCUAAAGCUCUGGGAGCAGAUAUGAUUGAUGAAAAUGAUGAUAAUUGA